AUGUGCCAAGUAGAGUUUGAGAUGGCCUGCGCUGCUGUCAAGCAGUUGAAGGGACCUGUGAGUGAUCAGGAGAAACUGUUGGUGUACAGCUUCUACAAACAGGCCACCCAGGGCGACUGCAACAUCCCUGCCCCACCUGCCACAGAUGUGAAAGCCAAGGCCAAGUGGGAGGCAUGGAACGAGAACAAAGGGAUGUCCAAGAUGGAUGCCAUGAGGAUCUAUGUUGCCAAAGUGGAAGAACUGAAGAAAAAUGACAGUGGAUAAGGAGGAGUGCCAAACAGAAUGAAGUGGCAUGGCUCCUCUGGUAGGGAAAAGGACUUCUUAAAAGUCUGAUGGCUGAAAUGUCAUGAAGCCAUAACAACUGUAGCUGAGAGACCUCAAUAAAUCACUUA